GGUAAAAUCUCUGAAACACAGCAGCUCUCUUAUAACACAAUGGCAAAGUUUCUUUACGUUGCUAUAGAUUUUGGAACAUCAUUCAGCGGAUAUGCCUUCAGCUUUAAGACUGAUAAACAUCUAGAACAAAUUAGGAUUCCUUUCUGGGGUGUUGAGCAAGGUCUAAAAACCUUCAAAACCCCCACCUGCAUUUUGUUUGAUGAAGAACAGAACUUCCAGAAGUUUGGUUAUGAUGCCAUGAAAACAUACACCAUGUUGAUGAAAAAUGAAGAAGCAAAGAAACACUAUCUAUUUGAACACUUCAAAAUGGAGCUGUAUGAUAAAGAAAUCCACAGAGAUUUGAUGAUCACAGAAUCAAAUGGGAAAACAAUGAAGGCUAUAAAGGUUUUCUCUGAGAGUCUGCGAUACCUGAAGGAUCAUGCACUGGACAAAGUUAGACAAAGUAUUGAAGGAUGAAAGUUCACUGCAUCUGAUGUGACGUGGGUGUUAACAGUUCCUGCUAUCUGGAAUGCGGCAGCUAAACAAUUCAUGAGAGAAGCAGCUGUUGAGGCAGGUCUUGUGACGGAUUCUACACCUGAAAGACUCAUCUUUGCUCUGGAACCAGAGGCUGCGUCUGUGUUCUGUAAGCAGCUACCAAGUGACGGUUUCAUAGCAGAAGGAGAGGAUUGUGAAGACAAAUUGGAGCAGCAACCAGGAAGCCAGUACAUGGUUGUAGAUUGUGGAGGUGGUACUAUUGACAUAACGGUCCACGAGGUGCUGGAUGACGGCAAACUGAAGGAGCUGCACGCUGCAUCAGGAAAUGACAUGGGUGGACAGUCAGUAGACAAGAAUCUCAUGUCUUUUCUAAAAGACAUUUUCUCAGACAACAUUUUUGAAAAAUUUAAGAAAGAAUACCCAAGUGAAGCACUUAAACUGAAGUAUGACAUUGCACUUAUAAAAUCUUGUGAUGAUGUUGUGAUGAUUCCAUGUCCUAGCAGCUUACAAACACUCGCUAAAGAUAAACAGAGCAUGGAAAGUUAUUUUGAGGAUGUUCAGGGAGUAAUGUGGGAUGAUGGUGGAAUAUUCAUUGAACAAGAAAAGCUAAAAAGCUUCUUUGAUACCAGCUUGAGUGCUAUAGAAAGCACAAUUAAUCAGAUCCUUAAAAACACAGAGCUGAGGAUUGAGUACAUGUUGAUAGUGGGAGGCUAUGCUGAAUGUGCUUUUCUUAGGAAAUUCAUGAAGGAGCAAUUUGGCAGCGUAUGCAAAAUACUUUGCCCUUUUGAGCCUCAGGCAGUAAUUUUAAAGGGAGCGAUCCUGUACGGAAAAACACCUUCCGUGGUUAAAUCCCGUAUUAGUGCUCUCACAUAUGGGUUUUCUACAUGUGAAUUAUUUGAUGAAACCAAACACAGGGGCAAAAGCAAAUCUGAAAACUCAGAAGGAGAAGUGUUCUGCAACGUCUGCUUUGACCAGCUUGUCCGCAGUGGGGAGUCAGUUGAAUGUGAUGAAGUCCGUACUUUCAUAAGAUUUCCAAUAGAUCCUCUGCAAACAAAGGUAAAAUUUACAUUUUACAGCUCUGAAAAACCAGAAGUAAAGUUUACAGAUGAGCCGCUCGUAUUCGAGAUCGGUUCUGUAUCAGUUGACAUGCCUAACACUGACAGAGGCACAGAUCGACCGGUCAGGUUGGAGAUAAAAUUUGGCUCCACUGAAAUGCAGGCAACUGCUACUGAUUUAGGAUCAGGUGAAACAAGAACAACCGAACUGGACUUCAUGAGUGAACAAAUCCAUGCCCAUAAUAAAAUAUGUGCCUGAUUACAAGCAAAAGUAAAAUAAAGUAAAUAAUUAAAACAACAACAAAUAAAACAAAAGAAGACAGAAAGAAAAUUAAUCUGAGGCAAAAUAUAAAUGUUACAAUUGUUGCAAGACAUUGUAAGUAAAACGUUACAAAAAAUCCCAAUAACAAAACAAAUCCAUUAUCUGAUUUGUACUAUUUCUAUAUCUCACAUAAUACCUAACAGGAUUGGUUUGUUUUAACUGAUUUAUUUUAAUUAUAUUAUGCAGCAAGAAUAUUUAUGACAUCACAGAGAAUAAUGGUGUUGACUGUAUCUUUAAAUAAUUCUCUCAAAUUACUAUAUGUAACCCUGUAUAAAAAAAAAAAAUCCUUUCAGUGAUAGGGUUAAAGUAUGUAUUUUAUUCAGUUUGUUUUAAUUUGUAAACUCUUUUCUAAUUUGGGGAUGGUGUUUAAUAGCUUUAUAUAAGGUUACCUUUCUACAUGUCAUUACGUUAUGUAGCGUAAGAGUUUGUUAGAAAUGCACAGGGGAAAACGUGGUGCAUACAAUCAAACGUGUCUAUAUUUAGUUAUUUGGAUAUCCCGUAGCGUAAUCCAAUUGGGUAAUAAUAAGGGGAGAGAGAAAAGAGCUUGCGAGAGAUGAGAUGAAAAAAUGUGCCCUUUUUGUUCAGUUGUUUGUAACAAUGUGGUUUUCUUUUUGUAUUAACUGUUGAGAUACAGCUAGCCCACAAUAUGGGUUAACGUCGAGUUCAUCUGAUUUUUUAAAGAAUGCUUACGGACAUUGCCGCAUCAACCAUUAACUUAGUGCAUCAUCUGUAAUAAAGUUUAUGUAUUGAAACGUUCACACGAACGCUGUCGUUGUGUCCUGCUGUGAGACUUUUCUUUGUUGGUUCUCGAGAUCACAGGACGAGUUUUUUCUUUUCUUCCUCCGGAUAGCACACCCAGCUACCGGAAACGUUGGGUUUUCCCUUGGCAUCGGGGUACGAUCAUUGCUUCAGUCGAGUGAAGCAGCCAGUGUAAGUUUUCAAGGCCUCAACGCACACCAGCCACGACACAGGCCUGCAGCGGGGAGGGGAGGUGUGUGAGUGUGUGUGUGUUUGUGUGUGUGUGUGUGUGUGAUUUUGUGUUGUUGCUGUUUAGUUGACAUUUGAUUUAUUUACCCAGUUUAGGGAUGUGGUAAUAUUAAAACAGACCCAGCUCAUUGUCAAUUUGUAACUUGUCUUUUUCUAUUUGUGAAAUCAUCUUUUUUAUUUCUUCGUGGGUAUUGUAGUAGUUGUAGGACAUAAUUAAAAUAGAACUCAGGAAGUAAAGUAAAUUAAAAAAAACUUUAUUAGCUAUAUAGUGAGAAAGUACUGAAUAAUCAGAGAGAGGAAGGCCUUAAUCCAACAUCACAAGGCAUUUUGUUUGUGAACCAAGAGCAAUCCC